CCUCCUCCCCCUAAUCCUCUUUAUCUUAUCAUAUGGGCGAUUAUCUUGACAAAUUGGCGCGCUGUGUCAAACAUUUCCUUGGUAGGCGGGAAGAAGGAACGCAACGCAGCAUACCUCUGUGGCGUACAUGUCUAUGGUCUUUCGUGGGUGCCUUUACUGGUCUUAGCUUAUUGGAGAUUCUGUUUUCGUACACUCAAGCAUUUCAAGAUCUCAAUGUACCCAUGAUAGCAGCUAGCUGUGGCGCUACUGCUGUGCUCAUUUACGGUGCCAUUGAAGCACCAUUAGCCCAACCUCGGGCAAUGAUCGGUGGCAAUCUCAUUGCCUCUUUCGUUGGUGUAUGCAUUCACAAGUUGUUUCUGGAAAUUAAUACACCUGACCAAUACGUUACUCAUGUCCGUUGGGUGGGUGGAGCAACAAGCGUUUCAUUGACUAUCGUACUCAUGCAGUUGACGAAAACAACCCAUCCACCUUCUGGCGCCACCUCGCUCUUACCUAUGGCUACGCCAGAGAUUGGUGAUCUAGGCUGGCUGUAUAUCGGCAUCAUCAUGCUGUCCAGCGCAAUUCUACUUGUUGUGGCAUUGCUUGUGGACAAUAUAGAGCGCCGAUAUCCAACCUACUGGUGGACUGUAACGUCACCCCCAUCCAAAAAAAACGAUAUUGAAAUGUCGCUGGGGUCCAAUGAUUCUUCCAAGGAAACAGUUGCUGAGGAACAGUCUUUGGUCAUCUUUGGCCAGGCAAUACCACAAGAUAUGCUAAACUCGGACGAAGAGGAGUUUUUGAGAAAGCUUGCAGGCAGGUUUCAAAACCCCUAGAUGGUAGUGUGAUUUACACUGCUUACGUUCGACGAGCACCGCGAUAUACGCAACACAUACACUACAUUUGUUCUUGCAAGUUAGACUUUUUGUAAUUUGUUUUUCUUAUGCAUUUAUACCCUUCUUAUAUUGAUUAUUGGUCCUCUUUACAUUUGAUUGUUCUUGUACAUACUAUAUAUCUUCUAAUAAAAAAAGCCUACAAAAGUCGUUACCGGUACUAUUUUUGC